AACAGUGUGCCCACGAAUGGGCAGCCGCGGUCCGUCGCCCCCCGCUCCGGCUAGAAGUCAGUGCCGUUCUGUUUCCGGUCCGCCGGCUCCCCUAGCGGGCGACCCGCGGGUCCCCGUCCCGGCUCUGAGGGCGCGGCUCCCGCUCCCCUCGCCACCCCGGUCUCUCCGUCUCCGCCGCUUCCUGCGCGACCCCGGGCCCGCGGGCGCCGCUGCUUUCCGGAGGCCGAGGCGGUGGGGACCCGCGUCUCUCGCCGCCUUCCCAGGUGAGAGCGUGGGCAUCGUCGCCGCGCGCAGCAUCUGUGGAAAGAGAAAAUGGAAAAGCUCGAUAUCAUCAGUCAGAACGAGGCCAGGGGCUAACUGCAGAUCAGACCAUCAAUUACUCAUGAAAGUUCAAGUUGAAACUGAAGAAAAUUAGAGCAAGUCCACAAGAGCCAAAGUAUGACCUUGACUAUAUCCCACCUUAAUUUAGACACCAUGUCAAGAAUAGAUUUGACACAUUGAACACUAAUGAUCAAAAACCAGACAAGUUGUGGAAUGACAUUAGGGAUAUCAUACAUGGAGAAAGCAAGAGAUCAUUGAAAAGACAGGGAGAAAGAACAGACUUAAAUGGAUGUCAGAAGAGACUCUGAAACUUGCUCUUGAAUGUUGAGUAGCUAAAACAAAAGGAAAAAUGAUAAAGUAAAAUUGCUGAACAGAAGAUUUCAAAGGGCGACUUGAGAAGACAAAGUAUUAUCAUGACAAGUGCGAAGACCUGGAGAUGGAAAACCAAAAGAGAAGAUCACUCUCAGCAUUUCUCAAGCUGAAAAAACUGAAGAAAAAAUUGCACGACUCGGGUUGCAGUACCGAAGGAUUCUACAGAGAAAAUAUUAAAUGGGGCAGGAAGCAUCAAAAGAAGAUGGAAGGAAUACACAGAGUCCCUAUACCAAAAAGAAUUAGUCGACGUUCAACCAUUUCAGGAGAUACCAUAGGCUCUGGAACCAGUGGUACUGAAAGAAAAAGUCCAAGCUGCACUGAGGCAUUGACGAAAGACAAGGCUCCGGAAAUUGAAGAAAUACCAACUAAGGUGUUUCAACGAACGGGUGUAGCGCUGGAAGUGUUCAGUCAUCUAUGCCAAGAAAUUUGAAAGACAACCGACUGGAAGAGAUCUAUAUUUAUGCCUGAUCCCAAGAAAGGUGAUCCAACUAAAUGCGGAAAUUAUCAAACAAUGUCAUUAAUAUCACAUGCAAGCAAAAUUUUGCUGAAGAUGAUUCAAAAGAGGCUGUAGCAGUAUACCAACAGGGAACUGCCAGAAAUUCAAGCUAGAUUUGGAAGAGAACAUGGAACCAGGGAUAUCAUUGCUGAUGUCAGAUGGAUCCUGGCUGAAAGCAGAGAAUACCAGAAAAGUGCUUACCUGUGUUUCAUUGACUAUGCUAAGGCGUUCGACUGUGUGGAUAAUAACAAAUGAUGGAUAACACUGAGGAGAAUGGGAAUUCAGAACACUUAAUCUGUGGGCGUGAGAAAUCUGUAUAUAGAUCAAGAGGCAGUCAUUUGAACAAAACAAGGGGCUACUACCUGGUUGAAAGUCAGGAGAGGUGUACAUCAGAGUUACAUCCUUUCACCAUACCUAUUCAAUCUGUAUGCUGAGCAAAUAGGCCAAGAAGAUGGAAUAUAGGAAGAAAAAUGGGGCAUCAGGAUUGAAGGAAGACUCGUUAAGAACCUGCAUUAUGAAGAUGACACAAGUGAGGAGGACUUGAAGCACUUACUGAUGAAGAUCAAAGACCACAGCCUUCCGUGUGGAUUAAACCUCAGCAUGAAGAAAACAAAAAUCCUCACAACUGGACCAAUGAGCAACAUCACGAUAAACAGAGAAAAGAUUGAGGUUGUCAAGGAUUUCAUUUUACUUGGAUCCACAGUCAACACCCAUGGAAACAGCAGUCAAGAAGUCAAAAGACACAUUGCAUUGGCCAAAUUGGCUGCAAAAGACCUCUUCCAAGCGUUGAAGAGCAAAGAUGUCACCUUGAGGACUAAGGUGCGCCUGACCCAAGCCAUGGUAUUUUCCAUCACCUCCUGUGCAUGUAAAAGCUGGAGAACGGUUAAGGAAGACCGAAGAAUUGACACCUUUGAAUAGUGGUGUUAGCGAAGAAUAUUGAAUAUGCUGUGGACUGCCAAAAGAACAAACAAGUCUGUCCUACAUACUUUGCACAUGUCGGGAGGGAUUAUUCCCUGGAGAAGGACGUCAUGCUUGGUAAAGUAGAGGGUCCGUGAAAAAGAGGAAGACCCUCAACGAGAUGGACUGACACGGUGGCUGCAACAAUGGGCUCAAGCAUAGCAACAGUUGUGAGGACGGUGCGGGACUGGGCAGUUUUACGUUCUGUUGUGCAUAGGGUUGUUAUGAGCCAGAACUGAGUCAACGGCACCUCACAACAACGACAAGUCGAAUGGCUGGUCAGACUGCUUGAAAAGGAAAACUGAAGAUUCUGAACAUUAGUUUUUUUUAGCUACGUACAUGGUAGUGUAGGGCUGUUAGCAUGUGGUGUGGGUGGCGGUGGAAAGAGUAUCUUAUUUGGGAAAAAUCAGGGUGUAAAUCCCUGAGACAGCGGAGUGCCCAGUAUCAUCCAGUCCUUGAAAGCGAUGGCCAAAGCAGAGAAAACAAAGUGUGCGUAGAGAGACACGUUUUGUGAGUCAGAGUGGAGGAAGCAAUGACAGCAGGACAUUUAGAACCAUGCUGACCGCUCUGGGCACUUUGAAGGCCAGUGGACAGCCAGUGACGAGCAUUAAGCAGUCCUAGAACCACCCUGACCACUCGGGGGACUUUGAAGACCAGUGGACAGUGAUGGGUGUCAGGCAGUCCCUGUGCUGCUAAUAGACUUUGGAAAUGCCAACCAUGAUUGAAGGACCUCACACAGGAACUUGUUAUGAAUGAGUUAAGGAAGGCUGUGAGGAGGCCUAGACAUGGGGAUUGUUUGUGGAUCAGGAAGAUAACGCAGUGAUACCAUGUAGACGUAGAUGGUUCAAAGGGCAUCCCUUGGUAGGAUGCUCAAGCCUUGAGUUACAGGCUACAGAUCAGCGAACGCUUCUCGUACUUGAAUGUCAGUGUGGAUUAUCCAGGGAUCUUGUUAAAAUGCGGAUUUUUAUUCAGCCAUUCUGGGGUGGGCCUUGAGAUCCUACACACUAAACAAGCUCCUGGCUUAUGGUGGAAAUAAUAAGUCUAGAAAUGAGGAUGUGAAUUAAAAUUAGAGAGUACUAUUAGAGAAAAUGGAAACCCUGGUGGGGUAGUGGUUAAGUGCAACGGCUGCUAACCAGAAGGUUGGCAGUUCAGAUCCACCAGGCACUCCUUCGAAACUCUGUGGGGCAGUUCUACUCUGUCCUGUAGGGUCGCUGUGAGUCGGAAUCGACUCACGGCAGUGGGUUUGGUUCUGGUUUUUUGUUUAUUAGAGAAAAUAAUAAAAGGAAGAAUAAUGCUUAAAGGGGGAGAUGCUGGUGUUAAGAUCAUACAACAGAGAGAACAUCUAGAUGAGACCAAGGAAGUGAAGAGUAGGAGUCAGCUUGGAGGGGAAGCAGGGUGGAAAGAAAUGGGAACCCGGGUGGGAGAUGGCUCCUUAGGGAAAAUUUAGUCAUUUUUAGAUUUAUUUGUUGAUCGAUUUGUUAUAAAGCUGUAAGACAAUGUGUUCAGGAAUCCUCCCAGAUGUCUCAAAACCUUGGGGACUGGUGGUGGUAUGGUUUGAGAACAAAGGAGAAAAAAAAGGGGGGGGGGUGGGGGGAGAAAGGAAUGUUAAUUGCAAAAGUACCAAUUAAAAAUGAAUCAACCAUGAUGAGUUCAUUGAAAAAACUUGAAAAAUAUGUUCUCCCUGAAAAUUCAUCCAUGUUAAUGUCAAAUAACAGUACAUGUAUUGAACCUACAACAUCAACAUUGGACCCCUGACUCCCUGGAGGAAAUCAGGUUCACGUUUUGCAGCCUGACCAGGCCUGGUUGCUCCUCCUGCUCUGGGAGAAGUAAGUUCCACCGUCUGUGAUCUCGUUGCAGAAAACGGAGGCCCGUGGAGCUGCCUGAAGAACGCAGGUCUCAGGUGUGGUGCAGGGAGAACUAGUCUAGUCCAGGCAGCUGGUGCCUAGGACGACCCUCUUGCAAAUCCAGAAAUCACAAGUCAGGAUUUCAACAGCUCUGACUGAUGUGUGGACCAAACAUUACUCAUCUUCUUCCAAAGAGCCCAGUGCUCUGCUUCCACUCCCGUCCUUCUUCCUGAAGUCGCUUGUUCCCUGGGCUUAGAGACAACAUUCCCUUAGACUUCCGGAAGCUGGAGAAGGAAAUGGGCUCCGUGGUCAUUGAGGAUGUGGCUGUGGUCUUUAGCCAAGAAGAGUGGGCUUUGCUGAAUCUUGCUCAGAGGAAACUCUAUAGAGAUGUGAUGCUGGAAACAUUCAGAAACCUGGCCUCAGUAGAAGCAAGGAAAGAUCUGAGGACAGGAGAGAGAAAACUCCUUCAGGGCCACUGUGUUGGGGAGAACCGGAAAAGCAAGAAUUUUUGAAGGAGCAGCCCUGCAUGGAGGGAAUUACAUUUGAAUCAGUCAGCUAUAAAAAGUCUGUUUUGGGUUGAGUACAUAACUUCACAGAUACAUGAGCUUACUUUUCUGACUUUAGCAAUUCUCUCACACCUGUGGUCAUGUAGAUCCUUUUCCUCUUUUAGUGUUACACGUGUAUUGUAUCCAGAAUUUUUCUACUUAGCUCUCCUGAUUAUACCUAUUUAUUUUAUCAUCACUGUCAAUCCUCAUGGGUGUAUUUCCUAGUAAACUGCUUUUUAACCAUUGUAAAAGUGCUGAAACAGCAAAAUGUGGCUGUCAUGGAUUGAAUUGUGUCCCCCCAAAAUAACUGUCAACUUGGCUAGGUCACGAUUCCCUUGUAUUAAUGUCUACCAUUUUACAUCCUGGUGUGAUUUCCCUAUGUGUUGUAAAUCUUGUCACUAUGAUGAAAUAAGACAGAUUAGUGGCAGUUAAACUGAUGAGAUAUAAAAAAUUAAUAGCGUCUUAAGCUAAUCUCUUUGAGAUAUGAAGAGACAAGUGAGCGGAGAGACAGGGGGCCCUCCUACCACCAAGAAAGAGCGCUGGGAGCAGAGCAUGUCCUUUGGACCUGAAGUUCCUGUGCCGAGAUGCUCCCAGACCAAGGAAAGGCUGAUUAAAGGACCUUCCUGCAGAGCUGACAGACAGUGAAAGCCUUCCCUUGGAGCCGGUGCCCUGAAUUUGGGCUUCUAGCCUCCUGGACUGUGAGAGAAUUAACUUCUCUUUGUUAAAGCCGUCCAUUUGUGGUAUUUCUGUUAUAGCAGUACUAGAUGACUAACACAGUGAUGUAAGUCUUUCUUUGUUCACAGCAGCCUUUUUCUCCUAAUCAUUUGUUUCUUUUUUGUUUCAUAUGGUAAACCUUAACUUGAAUUAUUGAGUUAGUCUCUCGAAACCUUAAUGAUGGAGAGAAGUUAUCCAUUGAACAUAUAAUGGUACAAUUCAUGAAGAAUAACAGCUGGUCCUCCAUGUUAGGAGAAAUCUCCAAAUCGCGUGGCAAUAAAGAUCAGCGUAAAAACCAGAGGAGACAUUUGAGAAGUCAUACAGUAGCAAAUCUCUGUGAAAGUAAUGAAGGCCAUCAGUGUGGGAAAACCUUCAGCUGGAUUCCAAAUAUCACUGUACUAAAAAGAAAUUCUCCAGAAGUAAAUCCUUUUGAAUGCUAUGAGUGUGAAAAAGCCUUCAUGGAUCACUCAUCACAGAAGCAUCCUACCAGAUUUCAUACUAGAUGCAAUACCUUUCAGUGUAAGGAAUGUGGAACAUCCUGCAGUUGUCCCUCUCACCUAAACACUCCUAUGAGAAUUCUUACUGGAAAGAAACCUCAUAAAUGUAAGGUAUGUGGAAAGGACUGCAUUUGUACCUCAAUGCUUAAGAGUUCUGUGACAACACUCACUGGUGAGAAACACUAUGAAUAUAACGAAGGUAGGAAACAUUUCUGUAGUUUCUCAUCCUUUUGGACACAUUUGAGAUGCCAUAAGCAUGAAUGUAAAGAAUGUUGCAAAACCUAUGGUCAUUCUUCAUCCCUCAUUUCAAAUAAAAAAUUUCAUAACAGAGACAUGCCUUAUGAAUGUAAGGAAUGUGGGAAAGCCUUUAGUCAGUUCUCACACCUCACUGAACAUACGGGAAUUCACAGUGGAGAGCAACCUUAUGAAUGUAAGGAAUAUGGGAAAGCCCUCACUAAGCAUGUAAGUACUCAGGGUGAAGAGAGGCCUAAUGAAUAUAAGGAAUGUGUAAAAGCUUUUAGUGAUUCCUCAGCCCUCACUAAACAUAUAAGAACUUGCAGUGGAGAGAGGCUUUAUGAAUGUAAUCAAUGUGGGAAAGGCUUUAUUCAUGCCUCAUCCCUCACUACACAUAUAAGAACUCACAGUGGAGAGAGGCCUUAUGAAUGUAAAGAAUGUGGGAAAGCCUUUAGUCGUUCCUCUUCCCUCACUGUACAUAUAAGAAAUCACAAUGGAGAGAAACCUUAUGAAUGUAAGGAAUGUGGAAAAGCUUUUAGUCGUUCGUCACUCCUCAAUUCACAUAUAAGAACUCACAGUGGAGAGAGGCCUUAUGAAUGUAAGGAAUGUGGGAAGGCCUUUAGUCAGGUCUCACAUCUCACUAAACAUAUAAGAACUCACAGUGGAGAGAGGCCUUAUGAAUGUAAGCAAUGUGGGAAAGCCUUUAAUUGUUCAUCACACCUCAGUUCGCAUAUAAAAACUCACAAUAGAGAGAGGCCUUAUGAAUGUAAGCAAUGUGGAAAAGCCUUUAGUCAGUCAUCACACCUCACUACACAUAUAAUAACUCACAAAGGGCAGAAACCUUAUGAAUGUAAGGAAUGUGGGAAAGCCUUUAGUCUGGCCUCAUCACUCACUAGACACAUAAGAACCCACAGUGGAGUGACACCUUAUGAAUGUAAGCAUUGUGGGAAAGCCUUUAGUCAGUCAUCACACCUCACUACACAUAUAAGAACUCAUAGUGGAGUGAGGCCUUAUGAAUGUAAGGAAUGUGGGAAAGCCUUUAAACAUACCUCGUCCCUCGCUACCCAUAUAAGAACUCAUAGUGGAGUAAGGCCUUAUAAAUGUAAGGAAUGUGGGAAAUCCUUUAGUUGUUACUCACAUCUCACUUCACACACAAAAACUCACAGUGGAGAGAGGCCUUAUAAAUGUGAGGAAUGUUGGAAAACCUUUAGUCAGACCUCAUCCUUAACAAAACAUGUAAGGACUCACAGUGGAGAGAAACCUUACGAAUGUAAGGAAUGUGGGAAAGCCUUUAGUUGUUCCUCAUCCCUCACUACACAUAAAAGAACGCACAGUGGAGAGAAACCUUAUGAAUGUAAGGAAUGUGGGAAAGCCUUUAGUCAGAGUUCACACCUUACUUCACAUAUAAGAACUCACAGUGGAUAGACUGUUCUAUGUCAAAAGUGGGAUGUGUCAUUUUUACUGCUGUAAUUUCAAACAUCAAAUUUCCCACAGUCUUCAAUAAAAGAAUAAAGUUUCUCAGUGAGUGAGAAAGCAAUACAAACUCAAAGAAAGGGUAUUAGAGCUGUUUUAUGCCUUUGGGAGAAAUAACAGUUUUAUUCUAACUGCAGUCCUGUCAUCAUUAGCAUUUCUUAUUUUCUCAGUCCAAGCUAAAUUUUACCAUUUUUAAAGUCUUCGACUUUUAGAAAUAAGGCUGCAGGGAAUAGCUUUGAGAAAAUGUGGUUGUAUAUUUUUUAAUGUUUUUAUUGAUGUUAUUUUGCAUACAAUAAAAUACAGUAAUCUUGUAUUUAGCUUAAGAGUGUUUUGUUUCCAUACUUAUUGCUUUUCUUUCAUAUUGUAAAGUUAACUAUUUUACCCUGUAAUUAGUUACUUUCUCUUAGGGUGAAACUUCGAGACUGUACAAAUAGUCUGUUUUCCUUCAUACUUUGGCCUAUGAAUUUUAGGAUCCAUUGAUAAUUAUUACCUAUGAUUAUUAUUAUUAUGCUGUUUAUGGUAUUUUCUGUCCCAGUCAUUUGUUCUAUGUUUAUUAAUUGGAAUUCUACAGGAAAUAGCUUUUCUUUCUCUCCCCUUUAUUUAUUAUAUUGUCUGUAAUCAGUCCUAUAGGGUCGCUAUGAGUCGGAAUCGACCCGACGGCACUGGGUGGGGUUUUAUAAUACUAUAGGUUAAUGCAUAUUACUUUUUUUGUUUUCUUGCUCAGAUUGCCCCAGAGUUCCCUUAAGUAGGUUCCUGUAUUUUUGACAUGUCCCCAUUAUAAUUUGUACAUUACUUUCUGCCAGUGUUUGAGGCUCAUCUUGUCCUUUUCCUGCGUGAGCCCUGAAAUCAGACUUUUCUCCAAGAAAUGCUGGUUACUUUUAUUAGAGAGUGAUAUUUAAAAACGAAGAUCUGGGCAUUAGAUAUGCUCGUUGCUACUGCGUCCUCAGUGUGGAAAGAGCUAGGAAAUAAUGUGUGUGAGUAUAUACAUACAGAGACACAUGUUUAUACCUAUUUCUGUAUGUAUAUAUUUUAAAAACCAUAAGAUCAUUCCCAUAUCUCUGGUUCCUUUCCAUCAACACAGGGUUCUUAGCCUGUCCCCUUACUUUAUUAUGUCACUCCUUUCUCUAAUAGUAAUACUGCUGGUUCUCAUUAUCCACAAGAUAUUAUUUCCUGAAUCUUAGAAUAUAAUUGAAGUAGCUUCAUAAUUGCUAAAUUGGUCUUUGUUUGAGGUUCUGGAGCUUCGAAGUGUAGCUAAGGUGAAUGAGUGAGAGUGGGUAAGAUCAAAGGGAUCACCUGGUGCCCUGAUGCUAACUUCGAGGCAUAAUUUAGCUUAUUUUA